AUGGCUGCUCUCUCACUCGGCCAUUUAUUCCACCACAAACACAAGCCACUUCUAGUCAACACCGCCACAAAAAUGAUCACCGUCGUCUCGUGCCAGAGUCGCAAGCCAGACGACGAGCAAAAGGGCAAGGGAGCUAAGGAAGACAACGGCAUGAGGUGGCGGAAACUUUUGUUUGGCGUUGAGCAAAUUGGAAAGGGGCUGCAAGAUAAUCUAAGUCCCAAAAUGAAGGGGGAUUGGAAGGAUUUAACUCUGAUGAGCCUAUCCUUUGCUGUGUACAUCUAUAUGUCUCAGAAGAUUCGGGAGGUGGUGGAGGCCCUCUUGGCGUUCAGCAAGGGGGAGGCGUUUUAUAAUAAGAUCGGGCGGGCGUGGAAGCGGGGCUACCACUUCCACGGUCCGCCCGGGACGGGGAAGUCCACCAUGAUCGCUGCCAUGGCGAACCUCCUGGGCUAUUACGUCUACGACCUCGAGCUCACGGCGGUGAAGGACAACACGGAGCUGAAGAAGCUCCUGAUCGCGACCUCCAGCAGGGCGGUGAUCGUGAUCAAGGACAUCAACUGCUCUGUCGACCUCACGGGGCAGAGAGUGAAGAGGAGAGAGGAUGAGAAUGAGAUGAAGAACAUCAAAAUUACUCUUUCUGGGCUGCUGAAUUUCAUAGAUGGGUUGUGGUGUGCUUGUGGAGGAGAGAGAAUCAUUGUUUUCACGACCAACUAUGUGGAGAAGUUGGAUCCGACGUUGAUAAGGAGAGGGAGGAUGGAUAAGCACAUUGAGCUGUCGUAUUGCAGCUUCGAAGGGUUUAUGGUUUUGGCGAAGAACUACGUUGGGGUGGAGUGGCAUGAGCUGUUUCCGAGGAUCGAGAGGUUGUUGGGGGAGGUGGAGAUGACGCCGACGGAUGUGGCGGAGAAUUUGAUGUCGAGGAGCUUGGCCGGAGAUGCAGAGGAGUGCUUGGAGAGUGUGGUGAGGGCGCUCGAGGCUAAGCAAAAGAAGUUGAACGCAACAAUGAUGAAAACACCUCUCCAGCGGAGAAGAUUAAUGGGAUCCUCGUCUCCGGAGGAGAAAAUAGAUGGAAUGCGAUUUGAAACAGAGGAUUCCUCGGUCGAACCUUUCAUGAAAUAG